AUGGAUCCGGAAAAAACGGUCGCUGAAUUAGCCGAAACCGGUGGUUCUUCUUUUGUCCUGGGUGCUCUUGAUGAUGGACUUAAAUUUAUUCGACGAAUGAUUAUUCCUAAAAUCCAAGCUGGGGGGUUUUUCACGGGAACAGCAGCGGCUAUAUUAAGCACUGCCGUUGGUUCAAUUGAAUUUGCCGUCGACCAUCUAAAAGACUUAAUGACUAGCACGGCCAUAAGUGGAUUAGCAGCCGAAGUCGGAGACCUCAAAGAUGGUCAAUCUAAACUCAAUGCCAAAGUUGAUGCUCAGGGUAAACGGAUGAAUAAAAGAAUGAACGACUUAAAAUCCGAAUUGGAAGGAGAACUUAAACAACAAGGAGAAAAAUUUGAUAAAGAAUUAAAAGACCUCGACAAAAAGAUAGCCCAAAACACCGGAGCCAUUAAAAAAGAAGCCGAGGAAAGAAAAAAAGAAAUUGCUAAGGUUCGGCAAGAACUCGAAAGUCAAAUUAACCAAGUCACGGAAAACAUUAACCGAGUAGAAAGCCAACUCACCGAAGCCCUUAACGACUUCAAAGAAGAAGUCAAUGAACGCUUCGAAGAACAAGAACAAAAAAUCCUCGCCAACAAGCGCAAAAUCGAAGAAGAAAAACGCCAACGGGAAGCCGAAAUCAAAGAAGUCAAAGACAAAAUCAGCCAAGCCAACACUAAAAUCAACAAUCUCCAAGCCGAAAAAGACGAAUUAGCCGAAGACUUCACCAAAUACCAACACCAAACUAGUCGUAAAAUGGAAGAAGUCCAGCAAGAUUUCGAAGAUUACCAAGCGGAAACGGACAGUAAAUUCCGCACCCAGCAAGCCAAACAUCAAAAUGAUUUAGAAGAAGCCAAGGAAGAAUUUGAAACCCAAACUAAAAACUUAGAGGCUCAAAUUAAAGAUAAUCGGGAAGUCUUGGAAGAAUACGAAGAAGACUUAGCCAGUGUUAAAUACGAACAAAAAAAACAAAACAUUUUUAACCAAGAGAUUAUUGAAGAACUGCAAGAAACUAAUGAUAUUUUAUUCGCUCAACAACGCAAAUUAAAUUUAGUCUCCCAACAAAUGGACGAUAUUCAAGAAGAAGUUCAUGAGCGAAUGGACAAAAUGUCCCAAAAAUUAGAUGACCGAAUCAAGGAAACUUUAAAUAUUGCUCAGGAUACUAAUAAAAAGGUUGAUAAUUUAACCGAAGAAGUUCAAAACAUUAAGCAAACUACCGAACAACUCCACGAGCAAAUCAAAGAAAACAAAAAACUCACCGAGGAAGCCAAAAAAGAAGCCCAGUGA